GGGCUCAUUACCGGGACCGCCUCGGCGCGGUCACCAGGGGGCAUGUGCGUAGCGGCAAUAACCGUAACCAUAAUAAUAAUAAUAAUAAUGCAUCGGAGCAAAGCGCGCUGAACGCAGCCGCCUCAGUCGUCGCCAGCAGCCGGCCGUGGCGUGAUGGAGACGUGCGCGUAGGCUGCAUGUGUCCGGCGGCUCUGCCCCUGGCGUUUUUUCUUCUCGGGGAAGAUCAUAUUGGAUGAUAUUGUUUGCAGGACGCCGUUCCUCCCGCAGCCCCCCCAGUCCAUCCCGACGUAGUAGCGAAUUGAACAUGGCGACUGUACCAGUGUAUUGCAUCUGCAGAUUACCGUACGACGUGAACCAGUUCAUGAUCGAGUGCGACGCCUGCAAGGACUGGUUCCACGGCAGCUGUGUGGCUGGGGAGAAAAAAACACCCCCGAAAAUUAUAUAUUAUACUGUGUCCAACUCGCAGAAGACCCAAGGCAAAUCCACACUGAAAAAGAAAAAGAACUGGAGCAAACACGACACGGGGCAGAGCACCGACAUCAAAGCCGUCCUGAACGGCAGUCAGGUGUUCAUAAAGGAGCUGCGCAGCAGGACCUUCCCCAGCGCUGACGACGUGGUGGUGAAGCUGAGCGGCGGUCAGCUGACCGUGGACUACCUGGAGGAGGGGGGCUUCAACGAGCCCAUCCUGGUCCAGAAGAAGGACGGCCUGGGCAUGUCCAUGCCCGCCCCCACCUUCUACAUCAGCGACGUGGAGAACUACGUCGGCCCCGACGUCGGCGUGGACGUCGUUGACGUCACCAAGCAGACGGACUGCAAGAUGAAGCUCAAGGAGUUUGUCGACUAUUACUACAGCACAAACAGGAAGAAGGUGUUAAACGUCAUCAACCUGGAGUUCUCCGACACGAGGAUGAAUUCCAUAGUGGAGAGUCCGCAGAUCGUGCGGCGGUUGUCUUGGGCGGAAAACUACUGGCCCAACGACGCGCUCCUCGGAAAGCCCAAAGUCACCAAAUACUGUCUCAUCUGUGUCAAAGACAGCUACACCGACUUCCACAUCGAGUGCGGCGGCGCCUCCGUCUGGUACCACGUCCUGAAGGGGGAAAAGAUCUUCUUCCUCAUCAAGCCGACCUCCGCCAACCUGUCGCUCUACGAGCGCUGGAGGUCUUCGUCCAAUCACAGCGAGAUGUUCUUCGCCGACCAGGUGGACAAGUGCUACAAGUGCACCCUGAAGCAAGGCCAGACGCUGUUCAUCCCGUCAGGUUGGAUCAACGCAAUACUGACUCCCGUCGACUGCCUGGCGUUCUCCGGACACUUUGUCCACAACCUGAGUGUGGAGAUGCAGAUGAGAGCGUAUGAAAUCGAGAGGCGGCUAAAGGUCAGAACUCUCAACCCCUUCUCCAACUUUGAGACGGCGUGCUGGUACGUGGGACGACACUACCUCGAGCGAUUCAAAGGUCUGCACAAAGCAAAUAAGCAGCCUGCCCCGUACCUGGUGCACGGGGCCAAGAUCAUCAACGGCGCCUUCAGAGCUUGGACCAAAAAACAGGCCCUCCUGGAACAUGAAGACGAGCUUCCGGAGAACAUGAAACCAUCACAGCUCAUCAAGGAUCUCGCCAAGGAGAUCAGGCUGUCAGAGAACGCAACGAAAGCGGUGAAGAGUGAGCCCGGCGCCAAGGCCCCCGCGGAGGAGCCGCCGUCCACCCACUCCGAGCCCGAGGAGCCCGUCUCCCCGGCCCACGUGCCCUCGCCCGGCCGAGAGAAGGCCAGGAAGAAAGCCUCCAAACCCCCCAGGGCCCCCAAACCCCCGAAGAUGUCCAAGGCCCCGAAGCCCCCUAAGGUGCCCAAGGUCAAGGAAGGGGGCAAGAAGAAAGCAAAGAAAGCAAAAGAGCCGUCGCCGCCUCCGAAACCCUCCAGCUUCGCAGCACUCGAGUCCCACGCGAAAGACAUCCUGAGUAAAAUGGACCAGCCGAAGAAGACGAAGGCUGUUAAGAACGUCCUGAGCGUAUCGGAGAGGGAGAUGUCGAAGCACAACAACGUGGAGAAGUUUGACAUCAGAGAGCAGAAUAAAAACAAGACUGAAGCCAAAUGGAAGUAUAAGAACAGUAAACCCGACUCCCUGCUGAAGAUGGAGGAGGAGGGCAAAUUCGACAGAACGCUGCUGUCGGGCAACAAAGAGCGAUUCAGCUUCACCAUGUCGCACAAGAAAACACUCGGCUCCAAGUCGCUGAAACCUCAGAGCAACUCGAGUGUUUUUGGAUCAUUACAAAACCUAAAAGAGGACAAAUCCAAGCCGGUGAGAGACGAGUACGAGUACGUCUCCGACGAGGGGGAGCUGAAGAUUGACGAGUUCCCCAUCAGGCGGAAAAAGAACGCCGUCAAGAGAGAUCUGUCCUUUCUGUCAGACAUCAAAGAACCCAUCCAGCCAGCCAAGAAACCAAAGCUCCAGCCGUCGGUGACCAAGCCGAGCGCGGACUCCUCGGACGAAGAGACUCUGCACAUCGACACGGAGGCCAAGCCCGAGGCCAAGACUCGCAACGCCAAGGUCAAGAAAAAGGGCGGCAGCGCCGCCGGGAUCCUCGACCUGCUGCAGGCGAGCAAGCAAGUGGGAGGGAUCGACUACAGCGCCAACAGUCAGCCACCUGCAUCUCCCAGCACACAGGAGGCCAUUCAGGGCAUGCUGUCCAUGGCCAACCUGUCGUCUUCAGACAGCUUGCAGCCGCCGUGGAGCAGCAGCCAGCCGAAGGGCGGCCCGCACGGCGCGCCGGCCGGCAAGAAGGCCGCCGGCAACAGCAAGCGGCCCGCCAAGCGGCAGCCCAAGAAGCCCCGGAAGAGCAGCAGCAUCGAGAGCCUGGACUACGACGACGACCAGGACCACAUGGACGCGUGCUUCAAGGACUCCGACUACGUCUACCCCUCGCUGGAGUCCGAAGAGGACAAUCCCGUUUUCAAAUCCAGGUCAAAAAAACGGAAAAGCAAUGACGACACCCCCUACAGCCCGACAGCGCGCGUUGGACCCUCGGUUCCCCGACAGGAGCGGCCGGCGAGAGACGGGGCGCGAGUGGCCUCCAUAGAAACGGGUCUGGCCGCAGCAGCAGCAAAGCUCUCCCACCAGGAGGAGCAGCAGAAAACCAAGAAGAAGAAGAAAAGCACCAAAAAGAAGCCAAUGGUGGUUGAGGAGCCCUCUCAGGACAGCAGCUCGCCGGAGCACAACGCCGACUCCCGAGACGGCAGCCUGACGGACCACGAGUUCAACACUGGAGCGGCCAAGUCGCCGGGCGGGCCGCGGCCCAUGGCGCCCGGGGUUUUUCUCAGCCAGAGGCGGCCGUCCAUAUCCUCUCCGAACAACAGCACCAACACGACGAGCACCAACAACAACAACGGUGGCGGCGCGGCGAAGGGCGAGCGAGCGGCGUCGGCGGACGCCAAAGCUAAGCGGCUAAAGAAAGGCAUGGCCACGGCCAAACAGAGACUUGGAAAGAUUUUAAAGAUCCACCGGAACGGAAAGCUCCUCCUGUAGCUGUCGGACUGGGAAUUCCUGAGCGUCCCGUCGAUUAAAGCCGAGCAAAGGGGGGAAGGAAACAAACACAUCAAGAGAAUCACGCAGUUUUCAAUUUCUAAGAAGAACAUCCCUCGAAUAGGUUUUUUGCCUCUACUUAUACUUUAUAACUUUCAGAUAUUAAAGUGUACAGAGCCUACUAUAAAUAUUUUUUAAGAGAACAUGUCUCAUUUUACUACAGCUGUCAGUUUUUCAGGGGUCGCUAAAACAUGAAGUAGAAGUACAUGGCAGUCAUUCCAAGAUUUUUUGAAAGUAUCCCUUGCAUGUAUUCAGUCGCAUGCUCCCCUCGGCCGCGUUCGGGGGAUUCUCCACAUUAUCUCCCACCGAACGGACGCAGCUUAUCAUCGCCGACCCGGAAGAUCAGCAGAGUUCACGUGGGAAUAAAAAAAAAACUAAACAACCUCCAUUCAAGUGUGUGCGCGCGUCGCCGGGCACCUGGGCUUGUGUCUCUGGGCGUUAACACUUGGGUUUGCAGAGCACUAUCAGCGGCGGUAUUUAUUCAACGGCGCCGAGGAAGGACUGUGAAGCACAAGGCCGAACGGCGAGCAGCAGACGUAGGACGCUGUGCGAUGGGGGACGCUACACGUGGGACCUGUGGCUGAUGAUAAGACUCGUCCACGUCAGGCCUGCACUUACACGGGGAUACUUUCUCUCUUCCUUUGUUUUCACAGGCAGCACCGACGGGCUCCACUCAUCUCCACCCAUUCACCAUGUAGAAUGUAGCUUGUACAAAGACUUUUAAAUUACUACUUUUUGUAUCCUUUCCCCAUAAGGCUUGAUUUUACAUUUUUACCAGUUUUGCUAAUUAUGAAUAUAUAAUACAAAUAUAUAUAUAUACAUGGAUAAACAGUAAAGCCCGGAUUUUUUUUUUUCUAACAGCAGAGAUUCAAUUUUUUUCUUUCUUUUCCCUGUUGGAUUUAAAAGGUGUUGCCUGGAAAACAACUGAAGAAAUAAUACAUGUUAUUGUCCUAUGGCCUUACACACACAAAGCUAAUUGUAUUGUGAUUCUGUUUGAACAAGAGACGGAACCUUGAGGAGGAAAAUGAUAUAAAAAGAAAGAAAAAAAACACACACCAGCCUCUUGUUGGAGUUCUAGUAUCCUGAAGGGUUUUCGGAAUUAUUUUACUAGCACCUUGUGACGUGUUUAUGUGUCAGUGAUGUAAUUUAUUAAUGUUUGUAGCUUUUUAUACUUGUACAAUUCUUAAAGAGUUUCUUUGUUCGGUUUUUGAAUAUAUCAUCGACUUGUGAAUUGACCCCUUUUCGGUUUCUUUGGGAUGUGCGUGUCUUUUGGGAACAUUUUACACGCUAAAAUCUACAUCGUCAAUUUUUAUUUAAAUUUCUAUCUCCAUUCUUUGCUCACCCAAUGUCAUGAUGUUAUCACGCCAAACAUUUGCAACUUGUAUCGUCAUUGUGAAUAUUAUACUUUUGAGCAGCUGCGUUCACGCGUCCAUCGGCCCGUUUGUUUCGUGUCUCGUGCGUCCGCGUCCCCGCGUGUCACUGGGACUCUUCACGCUUUCGUUUUGUACAAUACACGUGUGCUGCUUUGUUGUGGUUUAUUUUUCUAUGUCCGACCUAUUAAAAGAAGCUUCCCCUGUUCCACGG